CAGGCAUUGGUGGGAAAAAAAAGUAGAAAAUUAAAAAACGGCUUCAUGUCGGACUGCUUUAAAUAGAGAAAAAAUAAGGAAACGACCAGCCUGCCUCAAUUAUUCAAAGGUUCGACACUAGACCUUAACGUAGGCGCUGGUCACCACAUCAUAUGGACUAAACCAGAGACUCUGAACGAGAGAGGGAGAAGAGGAGAGAAUAGGUCCUUUUUCCUAUUUAUAUCUGCCUAUUGACUAGCUACGUUUGUAAAUCCUCUGGGCUGUUGUGUCCCAGAGAGGUGGGAUCUCAGCUGGACUUGUUCCCCAAACUGCACUCCCCUCAGUGGGGUUGGUUGUGACCCAGUGCCAGGGUACAUCCCACCUCACGGCAGGCUUUCCUUUCCUGAGCAGCUGUGUCCUGCCUGCGUCCUGCCUCUAUUUCCUGUCCUUGACAGCAGCACCAUGACCUCUAUGUCCAGCCUCUUCUCCUUCACCAGUCCAGCUGUGAAGCGUCUGCUGGGGUGGAAGCAGGGCGACGAGGAGGAGAAAUGGGCUGAGAAGGCUGUUGACGCCCUGGUCAAGAAACUGAAGAAAAAGAAGGGAGCCAUGGAGGACCUGGAGAAAGCCCUCAGCAGCCCAGGACAGCCCAGUAAGUGUGUGACCAUCCCUCGGUCUCUGGACGGUCGUCUCCAGGUGUCUCACAGGAAGGGGCUCCCCCACGUAAUCUACUGCAGAGUGUGGAGGUGGCCUGACCUACAGUCUCACCAUGAGCUCAAGCCUCUGGAGGUGUGUGAAUACCCCUUUGGCUCCAAGCAGAAGGAGGUCUGCAUUAACCCCUACCACUACAAGAGAGUAGAGAGCCCAGUGCUGCCUCCGGUUUUGGUGCCUCGCCACAGUGAGUUCAACCCCCAACACAGCCUCCUGGUCCAGUUCAGGAACAUGACUCACAACGAGCCCCACAUGCCCGUGAACGCCACCUUCCCAGAGUCCUUCCAGCAGCACAGCGGGGGCAGCGGCUCCUCUUUCCCAAUCUCCCCCAACUCCCCCUACCCUCCCUCCCCAGCCUCCAGUGGCGGGGUGGGCACCUACCCCAACUCUCCUGCCAGCUCUGGACCCUCCAGCCCUUUCCAGCUUCCAGCUGAUACCCCACCCCCGGCUUACAUGCCCCCUGAUGAGCAGAUGGGACAGGAGGGGUCCAUGGAGACCAGCAGCAGCGGCCCCAGGAACAUGCCUAGUGGGGAUGUGCAGCCAGUGGAGUAUGAGGAACCGAGCCACUGGUGCAGUAUUGUGUACUAUGAGUUGAACAACAGAGUGGGUGAGGCCUACCAUGCUUCUUCUACCAGCGUCCUGGUGGACGGCUUCACCGACCCCUCCAACAACAAGAACCGCUUCUGCCUGGGGUUGCUCUCCAACGUCAACCGUAACUCAACCAUAGAGAACACACGCCGCCACAUCGGCAAAGGGGUCCACUUGUACUAUGUAGGAGGUGAGGUGUAUGCUGAGUGUCUGAGUGACACCAGUAUCUUCGUUCAGAGCCGGAACUGUAACUACCAUCAUGGUUUCCACCCCACCACGGUGUGCAAGAUCCCUAGUGGCUGCAGUCUGAAGAUCUUUAACAACCAGGAAUUUGCUCAGCUACUGGCCCAGUCUGUGAACCAUGGCUUUGAGGCUGUCUACGAACUGACCAAGAUGUGCACCAUCCGCAUGAGCUUUGUGAAGGGCUGGGGAGCUGAGUAUCACCGACAAGAUGUCACCAGUACCCCUUGUUGGAUAGAAGUUCAUCUUCACGGCCCUCUGCAGUGGCUGGAUAAAGUGCUGACACAAAUGGGCUCUCCUCUCAACCCCAUCUCUUCAGUGUCCUAAUGGUCCCCCCCCCCAAGACCAGACUCUCAAUCCCCUCUCUUCAGUGUCCUAAAGGUUACCCGCCAGGCUGGGAGAUUCUUUCAAAAAAAAAAUUCAAACUUAACUGUAUAAUUUUUUUGCAUUGUUUAAUGAGCAAAAGCAGGUCUUCAAAGGCUGAACUGUUUCCACUAUCUGACAGCAGAAGGGAUUUAUAACCCAGAGCAGCAGAAUUAUGUUGAGAAAGAGCAGAAGAUAGACGUAAAACCGACAGAAGAAUAUUCAGAGUAGCGGCACAAAAUAUUGGACAAACUACUGCUCUGAGUCAUCACUACCAACCAUGUGCUUCUAUUGAGUAGUAGGACUGGAAAGCAUGUACCUUAACUGUUUCUGAUUUUUGCAUAAAAAUGUUUGGUAAUGAUUUUCUUUCUAUGUUUCUGUUAAAAGAAAAUGAUGUAUCACUACUCUGCCUUUACCACAGUCAAACUACUUGUGAUUUUACUCUAACUGUCCUUUCUUGCCAUCUUAAGGUAUAGAUAUCAUUAUGUUCACUAUUAGACCCAGAUCUCAUAACAAAAUGUUAACUUUUUUUAUAGUUUCUAUCGCUAGAAAAAAAAAAAACACUGAUUUACUGCCUUAAAUAAAGUAUGUCUAACUAA